AUGGCAGAGACAAAAUCAAGCACCCCUUUACUCCCUCCCUCGUCUGGGAAGUUCCCAGAUUAUAAGAAAUCGAUCAAGUUGAAGUACGUCAAGCUCGGUUAUCAUUAUCUCAUUACUCAUGGAAUGUACCUCUUCAUCACCCCUUUUAUUGUUGUGGUUGCUGCUCAAAUGUCCACCUGGUCCCUCCCUGACCUCUAUGAGCUUUGGGAUAAUCUUCAAUACAACUUAAUUUCGGUCAUCCUAUGCUCAAGUCUCUUAGUUUUCAUAUCAACCAUCUACUUCCUCACUCGUCCUCGCCCUGUUUACCUUGUCGAUUUUGCUUGCUACAAGCCUGAUGAAGCUCGACGGUGUACAAAGAAGACUUUCAUGGAACAGUCCCAAAUGGUUGGCACAUUUUCAGAAGAGAAUCUUGAGUUUCAGAGGAAAAUCCUUCAAAGGUCUGGCCUUGGAGAUAAUACUUACCUUCCUGAAGCUGUACUCAAUAUUCCCCCAAAUCCAUCUAUGAAGGAAGCUAGAAAAGAAGCUGAGGUUGUUAUGUUUGGUGCCAUCGACCAGCUUUUGGCCAAGACCAAAGUGAAUCCAAAAGAUAUUGGAAUUUUGGUUGUGAACUGUAGCUUGUUCAAUCCAACCCCAAGUUUGUCUGCAAUGGUAAUUAACCAUUAUAAGCUCCGAGGAAAUAUAGCUAGCUACAAUCUAGGAGGCAUGGGCUGCAGUGCUGGUCUGAUCUCUAUUGAUCUAGCCAAAAAACUUCUACAGUACCAUCCAAACUCAUACGCCUUGGUCGUGAGCAUGGAGAACAUUACUCUGAAUUGGUAUUUCGGAAAUGACAGGUCAAAGCUUGUUUCAAACUGUUUGUUCAGAAUGGGAGGGGCUGCAAUACUAUUAUCUAACAAAUUUUCCGAGAGAAGAAGAGCCAAGUACAAAUUGGUUCACGCUGUUCGUACUCACAAGGGUGCCGAUGAUAAGUGCUAUGCCUGUGUCGUGCAAGAGGAAGAUGAUAAUGGAAAGAUUGGUGUUUCAUUGUCAAAGGAGCUAAUGGCUGUGGCUGGCGAUGCUCUGAAGACUAAUAUCACCACUCUAGGACCUCUUGUCCUGCCAAUGUCCGAGCAGCUGCUUUUCUUUGCUACUUUAGUUGGUAGGAAACUGUUUAAGAUGAAGCUCAAGCCCUACAUUCCAGAUUUUAAGCUUGCUUUUGAGCACUUCUGCAUUCAUGCUGGAGGCAGAGCUGUCUUGGAUGAAAUCGAGAAAAACUUGCAGCUAUCUGAAUGGCACAUGGAGCCUUCAAGAAUGACUUUAUAUCGAUUUGGCAACACCUCAAGUAGCUCUUUGUGGUACGAAUUAGCUUAUACAGAAGCUAAAGGAAGAGUGAGGAGAGGAGAUAGGGUAUGGCAGAUUGCAUUCGGUUCCGGGUUCAAGUGUAACAGUGCUGUCUGGAAGGCACUAAGGUCAGUAAAGCCUUCAAAGGAAACUAACGCAAACCCCUGGUUGGCUGAGAUAGAUAAUUUCCCAGUUGAUGUUCCAAAGGUAGCAGUUAUUUGA